UCCGCUACUACUAUAUAAAGCCAUGCAUCCUCCCAAUCCCUAAUGAAAUCUCAAUAGCUUCAAGAUUCACCGCAGGGGAGAGAACCUACAAAAGCUUUGACUAAUUUAAGAAAUAGAAAAGAAAAUAGACGAGAUGGAGUCAGUAGAAAGCAUGGAUCGAAAACUCUGCGCCAAGGCGUGCAGCUUCAAUGGAUCAGCACAGAGAAACAAUCUGUGCUCCCAAUGCUACAAAGAUUUUCUAGUAGGAGAGUUCCAAAACCACAACCCAAUAGGGGAACCUUUGAUCCCAACUACAGAUCAACCUCUCAACUCUUGUUUUACGUUUCCUCCUUACUCGGUGUCUCAUGUUAAUAAUAGUAAUGGCAGUGUUGGCUUUACCUUUGGUUGGACUAAUAAUUCUGGUGGUGCUAGUUUGGCAAGCACAAAGAACAGGUGCAACAGCCGCAACAAGCGGGUUGGACUAACUGGGUUUACAUGUAGGUGUGGGAAUCUGUUCUGUGGAAAACACAGAUACCCUGAAGAACAUGAAUGUUGUGUUGAUCUAAAGGCAAUUGGUCGCGAGGCUUUGGUCAAGGAAAACCCAGAUUGCAAAGGUGGUAAAUUGCAGUUUAGGAUUUAGUUUAUGUGCUUCAUAUCUAAUGUGUGCGUGUGUUCUCUGUGUGUACUCUGAUUUUUUUUUUUCUAAUAGUCGGGCCAGACAACCUGGUUAGUUAUCCCCUCCCGUUCUCUUAACCUCUAAUCGGAUUUUCGAUGAAAGCAAGAGUUGAGUCUUAGGCAUUACUACUGGAGUUUAGGGAUACUGUGAUACUAGCACUUGCCAAGGAUCAGAUGGAGAACUCUGUCUUCUGUAAUGCCACUUUCUUGCAUGAUCAAAACUUACUUGGAGAUUAUGAA